AAUUAUACGAAUAUCGAAUAUACAUAACGGCAAACAGUAUGAAAAGUUUCCAUUGAAAACCCUACCGUUAUACUAUUCUUAAACACUUCUGCAGCGCUGCAAUACCCAAUUGCUGAAUCAAUCAGUUCAGCUUCUUCAAUCCUAAGCAAAAGCUCAAAACUCACAGAAAAAUGACUAGUGGUACCGGAAAAGUCGUAAAUUUGGGGGGCAAGGGAUCUUCUCUCUCCUCAGCCUCUGUUUUUCAAGUAUCCACUUCUCUCUCUAGACUUUCAAUUGAUUCUUCCACAAAAAUCUCAUCUUCCUCCAAAACCCCACUUCCCAAACAACCCCUUAAUCCCAAUUCUCAGUUCUCUCUCCCUGAUUACUUAACCCCACUUGAAUUCAGAGCUUCUUUACUUGUUUUCUUGAAGAAACUCAUCUCCAUUUCUUUGCCCAAUUCAUCUGUUGCGGCUGAGAAGCUUCUGGGUGUUCUUAAUUCACCUGGGUCGUGUUCAAUUACUGCUGAGGAUUGUGAGUUCUUGAACCCCUUUGCGGGGUUUUGUGAUGUUAAUGCUUGUGUGUUGUAUGGUGUUUGUGCUCUUUUGGAUCACAGAUGGGCUGCAUUGUUGGGGGUUGUUGAUGCGGUUGCUGCUUUGUCGAUUGAGGCGCUGGGAGGUGACAUUGUUUCGUCUAAUAUUAAUUUGUUGAUUGAUUCAGGGGAUGGUUUAUCGGAUAAAGAUGAGGUUGGGGUUGCUAGUGAUCUUAAGGUAUUUCUAAAUGGUUCUAAAUUGGUAGGGAAGAAUCAGGUUAAGGGCUAUAGUGUGCAAGAUUUGGAUGUUAUUCCUGAGACUCAUGGACUUUUUAGAUUGAUUUCUAGAACUUUACAUGCGAAAUCGCGGGUGUUUUUGAAUUCAUUAACAGCUGGGAGUGGAAUCGUGGUGCUUUUAGCAUCUUUUGCUGAUGGGAUUUUGAAGUUGGGGGAGUCUAGUUGGGGUAGAAGUAGCCUUGUUGUUGGUUCUUUGGGGAACAAUGAGGCUCUGUCGUUUAUUACUCGUUUUGUUGAAAUGUUUAAAGCAGAAUGCCCUGGGAUUGAUAGAUUGAAGGAGGUAUACAGUUCUGCUUUAGCUGCUAAAAGUGGUGGUGACAACCUAAAGUUUGUUCAUGACAUUUUUAUUUUGUCUGACCUUGUUGGGACAAUUUUUUCUUGGGAAGCUACAGCUGCAUUUAUCUCACUUACCCUUAUCAGCGGUGCCGAUAUAUUUAAUGCAAAAGGUAAUGUGGCGGUAGUGGAGGCAACAAACAAUGUAGGAGCUGAUAAUAGUAAAGCUAAUGAGAAGAAGCAACAGAAGGAAAAGAAAAAAAACAAGGUUGCUUUUGGUAAAGGAACUACUGCAUUUAUGCAGUAUCUUCAGGAUAGGCUGCAGCUUACGGCUUCUGGAGAUAUAGAGACAUGGGUGCAGCAGUUCCUCUCAAUUUUGGAUCUGAAGGACCCUGGCUAUAUUAGCUUACUUGAGAAAAUUAAAGAUAUUGUUGACAGCAAUGAUAGCAGAAGGCUUCCCAAGCUUCCAAAGGGUACUCGUGAUUUUGCCAAGGAACAGAUGACUGUGAGAGAGAAAGCAUUUUCGAUAAUAAGCAAGGUUUUCAAGAAGCAUGGUGCAACAGCCCUCGAUACACCUGUCUUUGAAAUGAGGGAGACUCUAAUGGGUAAAUAUGGAGAGGAUUCAAAAUUGAUUUAUGAUCUUGCUGAUCAGGGUGGAGAGCUUUGUUCCCUUCGCUAUGACUUGACGGUCCCCUUUGCCAGAUAUGUUGCUAUGAACGGACUUACAUCAUUUAAAAGGUACCAAAUAGCAAAAGUCUACAGAAGGGACAAUCCUUCCAAGGGGAGAUACCGUGAAUUCUAUCAAUGUGAUUUUGAUAUUGCUGGUAAAUUUGAAAAGAUGGGACCAGAUUUUGAGGUCAUAAAGAUUUUGACUGAACUACUGGAUGAGCUAAAGAUUGGGGAUUAUGAGGUGAAAUUGAAUCAUCGGAAAUUACUGGAUGGAAUGCUAUAUAUAUGUGGAGUACCUCCUGAGAAAUUUAGAACCAUUUGUUCAAGCAUUGACAAGUUAGACAAGCAACCGUUUGAGCAAAUAAGGAAGGAAAUGGUUGAGGAGAAGGGCUUAAGUACUGAAACCGCGGAUAGGAUUGGUACUUUUGUGAAGAAUAGGGGACACCCUCUGGAACUAUUAUCUGAGCUGAAACAGGAGGGCAGCGAGUUCGUAAAGAAUAAAGAAGCAUCAGAAGCACUGGAUGAGCUAGAGAUCUUAUUUGAAGCUUUAGAAAAGUCAAAAUGUAUUGAUAAAGUGGUCUUUGAUCUCAGUCUGGCCAGAGGUCUUGACUAUUAUACAGGAGUCAUAUAUGAAGCUGUGUUUAAAGGAGCUACACAGGUCGGUUCAAUUGCAGCUGGAGGACGUUAUGACAAACUAAUUGAAAUGUUUGGUACAAAGGAGGUUCCAGCUAUUGGUGUCAGUCUAGGCAUAGAACGAGUAUUUACUAUAAUGGAACAGAUCCAGAAAGAACAGAACCAGACUGUACGAGCUACAGAAACACAGGUCUUGGUGAGUAUUCUGGGGGAUAAUCUGUCACUAGCUGCUGAGCUAGCUAGUGAAUGUUGGGCUGCUGGAUUGAAUACAGAGUACCUGGUAAACAAGAGAGUGACGAAGCACUUCGAUCGUGCUAAAGAUUCGAAGAUCCCUUGGAUGGUAAUUGUUGGUGAUCCCAAAGUCAGCGAAGGAAUGGUGAAAUUAAAGAAUCUGGAGGCUAAUAAAGAGGAGGAAAUUCCUAGAAGUCAAAUUGUAGAGGAGCUGAGUAAACAUUUGAGCAACACAUCAUCCUGAAGAAAGUAAAUCAUUUUUCACGUGUAAAACCACACAACUACAUGUUAUGAAGAUGUCAUCUUUUAGUUAGAAAUGAAAUGUUUUACAUGGCACUGCUGAAUAGAGUAUGUUCUAAAGAUUAAUUUGUGUUUCGGGGUGUCAUUGCAGAAUGAACAACUGUUGGACCUUUUAAAUCAAUGGUUUUUGUUAUUUUAUUUA